AUGUCCUGGGCUCCUGUCCUGCUGGCUCUUCUCGUUCACUGCACAGGUUGUGGCCCUCAGCCAGUGCUGAAUCAGCUACCUUCUAUGGCCUCAUCCCUUGGAACUACAAUCCGUCUGGCCUGCACCCUGAGCAAAGACCAUGAUGUCAGAUUUUACAGCAUCUACUGGUACCAGCAGAGGCCCGGCCAGCCUCCAAGAUUCUUGCUGAGAUACUCCUCCGAUUCAGACAAGAAACAUGGUCCCAAGGUUCCCCGACGCUUCUCUGGAUCCAAAGAUCUAGACACAAACACGGGGUAUUUGAGCAUCUCUGAGCUGCAGCCUGAGGAUGAGGCUAUAUAUUUCUGUGCUGUGGGGACAAAGAACAUGGAGAGGGAAAAGACAGAGACAGAGAGGGAGGAAGAAAACGAGCCUGUGGCUUCAGUGUCCCAGCCACCCCAGGACACAUUUACCGUGAACUGA